AUGUUUGCCAAAAUAGUUUACGGACUGUUAAUGUGCGCGUCGCAAUCUGCCUCAACCUCUGUCCCAAUUCUCUACUUAAUAUCUUACACAGUCAUUCAAGCUGACGUCGAUGGCAAGAAGAUGGUUACGGUGAUCAUCGCGUUGCUGUUUGCGUUGCCCCACCUCUCCGCUUAUUCUGUAGCCUGGCGCGGCUUCACGUGCGCAUGUGAAGAGGGAAUGCACGUAUGUUAUCCCCAAGUACACGGAGGAUUGAGCACAAGCUGA